UAAACGUGCCGCUCUUCUCACGUAGUCAGUGUCAACUCAACUCGACGGUUCACACUUCAGGCUCGCGAUGAGUCUUUCUUGCACCGUUUAUUUAGCGAUCACGCUCACUUUCUUCAACAAUAUAGUGUUAUAUGUAAGCAGCGCGUCAGAAAGAUCUUCCUCAAUGUGGAAUCAAACCUGGACCGACCGAUUAAAGCAAGAUCUCUUUGUGAAAUACGAUAAGUUUGCCCGACCGACGCAACAUUACAACACCACUACAGUUGGCUUCGACAUCACUAUUCUUUAUGUCGAUGUGAACGACUUUAAAUCUACCGUCACUGUCAACGGUUGGGCUAAUCAUAGAUGGACGGAUGACAAGCUUAAAUGGGAUCCUUCAAAAUACGGUAAUAUCGAGUAUAUUCACGUAGGAAAUCACGAGAUAUGGCAACCGGAUAUUCUGCUCUAUCACAGCGGAACUGCAGGGACAAUCGAGCAUUACGGCGAUACGGCCUGCAUCAUCUUUCACGACGGUAGUGUAUUGUGGGUACCACCUGCGCAAUUCGUCGCGCUUUGCGAUCUGGAUUUUCACCUGUGGCCCUUCGAUACUCAGAUUUGCACUAUGACGUUUGGUUCGUGGACGUAUCACGGCGAGCAGAUCGAUAUGCGAAUAGGCGAUAAAACAGACAUGGAAGAGUUGUAUGUGAAAAAUGGAGGAUGGAAAUUAGUGGAUGUAACUACAACCCGUUCUUCGACAGUUUAUUCUUGUUGCCCAGAUGCAUAUGUCACUCUUAACUUUAAAAUGACUUUAAAGAGAAACUCGGCGCUCUAUUGCAGCAUACUGUUGAUGCCCGCUGCUGCAAUAGUUUUUUUGGUAUUGGUAACGUUUUGGCUACCACCCCAAAGCGAAAUGAAGAUCAGUGUUGCGGCCUGUACUACAUUAAUCAUCACUGUAUUUUUAGUCUACUUCGGUCUUAAAGUACCAUUAACCACAAAUCCUCCGCUCAUAGUAUAUUUCUACAGUGGCUGCCUCUGUCUAGUCACAAUUUCGUUAGUAUUAUCAAUAUUGGUGAUUAACAUGUCAAAAAGAGUUUAUUGUAAACCACUUCCACGGAACAUUAGACUGUGUCUGCUGAGUUGGCCGGGGAAGCUACUAGGACUUUCCGAUCUUAUUAGUGUGAUUGAAUCGCGACGACCUGUGCCGAGUCAAGAAUUACGUGGCAAAGUCACAGAAGAAUCUACCACCAACUCGACGUCUAAUAUUUCUGACGAUGGAGAUCGACAGAAUAUGAUUUCACCGACAAAGAACAUCACGCAAUUGGAGUGGAUAUUAGUUGGCACGGCUGUCGAUCGAAUUGUUUUCGUGUUAUUUUGUUUCAUUCUGGCAACAAUGGCAAUAGCAUGCAUAAGUUAAGUCGAUAACUACGAACUUCUUCAGGCUUUCAUAUUAAAGAGAUUAUUAUUGAUAUAAUAUGUACAAUUUUAUAUAUAUAUAUAUGUACGUAUGUAUAAAG